AUGCUUGGAACAGUUCGCCGAUUUGGCGUUUCACACGCGCUGCGCGCUACUUCGUCUCGCUCAAUCUCAGCACGCUUGGCUCAGUUGCCGAAAUGGCAGAUUCCUUCGAACCUUUCAUCUCUUGCUGCAACCAGAUCGCUUCAUUCCUCUUACCCCAGGCUGUCUGCAGCUACUGCGGAGGCAAUCGUUGAAGAGACUGAAUCCUCCAAGCCUGCGAUACUCACAGAGUUUUCCGACCUGGCGGCGGAGAAUCUCAUUCACAACAAGAUUAUCAAGAACAUCAUUCAACCUGACCGGAUGAACCUUAAGACUAUGACUGAGGUGCAGUCUCUUACUCUUAACGAAAUUGUCAAGGGUGAUGAUAUCCUCGCCCAGGCAAAAACAGGAACCGGCAAGACGCUUGCUUUCCUUGUACCCACCCUUCAGAACAUUUUGAAUGACCCCACUGUCGAUGUGUCCAAGGUUGGCCGCCGCUCAGCUAGAACUGCUCCUUCAGAAAUCCGUGCUCUCAUUAUCUCCCCUACCCGCGAACUCGCGGAACAGAUCGCAGUUGAGGCUAAAAAGGUUGCGUUUGGCACUGGUCUUAUUGUUCAGACUGCUGUUGGCGGUACGCAAAAGCGUGCCGGUCUUGCCAAGAUUCAACAGGAGGGAUGCCAUCUGCUGAUCGGUACCCCGGGACGUCUCAAGGACAUCCUCUCGGACCCAUGGACUGGUGUCUCUGCCCCCAAGCUGAACACUCUGAUCCUCGAUGAGGCGGACCGCCUGCUGGACCAGGGUUUCGCUCCUGAUGUUGAAGAGAUCCAAUCAAUGCUUCCCGACCCCACAAAGGUGGACCGCCAGACACUCAUGUUCUCGGCCACCGUUCCCAGAGAAGUUAUGCAGAUGGUUCGUCAGACCCUGAAGCCAAACUUCAAACACGUCAACACAGUUCGUGAAGAUGAAGUCCCCACCCACCACAGGGUGCCUCAGAAGCUUGUCUACACACGCGGUCUUGAAAACAGCCUGCCCGCCCUCCUCGAGCUCGCUCAGAAUUGGCAAACACGUCGGGAUAAUGGCGAGCAGCUGCGACCUUUCAAGGCCAUCGCCUACUUUAACUCCACUGCUGAGACCAAGGUUUCCGCUGAUGCCUUUAAUGCCAUUGCUCGCUCUUCGGAGUUCCGCCAGUCUUCUAUGGGCAACAUGAGAAUGCUCGAGAUUAACUCGCGUCUCACACAAGCGCUCCGCACUCGCAGCGCAGACAACUUCCGCAAGGCUCGUGAGGGCAUCUUGUUCUCCUCAGAUGUGACUGCUCGUGGUAUGGAUUUCCCGGAUGUCACCCACGUCGUCCAAAUUGGUGUCCCACGGGAUCGUGAGACCUAUAUCCACCGUCUCGGCCGCACAGCCCGUGCUGGCAAGGAAGGUGAAGGCUGGCUGUUCAUGCACCGGGCCGAACAAGAUGUCUACAGAAAGCGCUUGGGCCGUCUCCCAUUGAACGUGGACACAGCUUUGCAAUCCGCCGAUGCGGAUCUCUCCCAGACUUUCUCCAACGACACAGAAGUUGGCAAGAUUGUCAACAAGAUUAGCGAGGGUCUGGCCCAGUGUGACGGUGCUACCAAGGUCAAGUCAUACAUGGGCCAACUCGGUACCACCACUGGAAACUUCAACAGCAAGAGAGAGGCCAUCCAGGCACUCAACCAAAUGUUUACCGUGGGAUACAACAUGCAAACCCUCCCAGAGCUCAGCCCCAGAUUGAUGCAGCAAAUGGGUCUCAACCGAAUUGACGGUGUCAGCGCGGGUGAUGGCACCCGCCAGCGACGCGAGGGCGGCUUCUCCCGCGGUGGUGACCGUGGAAGCCGUGGUGGCUUUUCUCGCGGUGGCGACCGUGGUGAGCGCAGUGGUUUCUCUCGCGGCGGUGACCGUGGCGGUUUCUCCCGUGGUGGUGACCGUGGCGAGCGCGGUGGUUUCUCCCGCGGUGGUGACCGUGGCGGCUUCUCCCGUGGCGGCGAUCGUGGUGACCGUGGUGACCGCUCGUCUCGUCCUCGCCGCUCUUUGGAUGAUUCCUUCGGCCAGGACUCUUUCCGGUUUUAA